UCUCUUUCCCCCUCCCCUCUCUCUCUCGCCCUGUUUGCAGUCAGGUGGCAGAGAUUUUCUGGAUUAGUUCUGCAGGUGGUUAAUCUGCAGAGUUGACUUUGUCACAGUGUGACUGCUGCUCCAACAGCACCAAGCUGCUGAACAAACUGGGAUCUAACAGGUUCUGGAGUGUAGGUGUAGGUGGAGUGUAGAAUCAGAAAAUCCACAAAGUUGUUGUGUCUGUGGACACCACAGAAUGGACGGUGUCCCUCUGAGGACUCCAGCAGUUGUGCAGGCUGUCCAAGAAGACAUGGCCGUGACUGUUCCGGACUACCUGACCACACUGCAGGACACACAGUAUGAAUUCAGUCUGGAGAACUGGGUGCUGACGGGGCUGCAGAGCGGCUUCACCAGCCAGCCCCGUCAUCAGGCCGACCCUUCUUCCUCAGAGCUUCUGCCGUCAUGUCCGCCGUACUGGAUGAUGCUAAGCAGCCCCCAGCAGAGUCACCUGGACAGCCGCCACAGCUCGGACUUUUGGGAGUUGAACCCUCGACAACGUUCCCACAGUCUCAGCCCCACAGUCCUGUGCGGCAAGCCGACCGUCUCAGCCAGUGGAGAGAAAGGAGAGGGCGGCUCCGGGGACGAGGGGCCCGCUGAAUCCAGCCAGCCGGGGCUGAGGAAAGCACAGCGAUCGUUUGUCCCCAGCCUACUCAACCCUCCGACUUGUCUGAGCAGCCUGCCGCACCAACGCAGGAAGAACCUGCGCCAUCGCUCCUUCUCGGUGCGCCACAUGCCCACGCAGCACGACGGCAGCGUAGAGCGGCCGUCCCACAGCGCCACAGCCUCCCCAGGCCACAGAGCCCUCAGCAGCAGCAGCAGCACGAAGCUGAUCCGACCAGGCAGUGGAGGCUCUCCAGCGGCCCUGGCCCCGUGGGACCUCAGCUCCUCUGGCUUGGAUUCAGCAGAAGAACUCUUGUCGGCUCUGAGCCCAGAGGAGAGAGAGCUGCUGGAAGCCAUCACUGCUCGGGGAUACCCUCUCCAUAUGGCCAUACUUGCCCUGCAGAGAACAGGACACCAGACGCCAGAUAAGGUCUUGAGCUACUUGGUGGCGUGUGACCACCUCUGUCAGCUGGGUUACAGCAUGGCUCAGGUAGAAGAGGCUCUCGAAAUGUUCCAAAACUGUGAAGCAAAGGCGGAGAAGUUUCUUCAGCUGCUGAGUCAGUUCAACGAGAUGGGCUUCCAGCAGAACACCAUCAAAGAAGUGCUGCUGGUCCACGAGAACCACAGAGAGCGUGCUCUGGAGGAGCUGAUGACACGAGUGGCUUGAUAGAACCACACACACAUACACAC